GGCUGCCCGCGGCCGUUGGGAAGUGGUGCCUGAGGCUGGGUGGGUGGGUGUGUUGGGGGCCCACGGUUGGGAGGUGGCCGCGGGCGUCGUUUGAUCGAGGGGAAAUCCAGGGAGGUCCGAGCUGCCCCUCAGCCUGGGCAGAGUCCACGGGCACGAGAUGUCGUCUUGGGGACCUAGGGCGAACUGAUCCCUUUGUUAACCUGGGCCUGUUUCUUCGUCCCAGUGUAGUGGAGCCCCGGAAGGGCCUGGGGUGGGGUGCGGGGGGCGGGGGAACGAUCUGGGUCUGAGUCAUAAUUAUCGGAUCCGGUAUGUUUUAUGUUCGGAGAGCCAUCAGCAGCGGGACUAGGUAACAGUGCCGCAGAGUCUGAGGAGUAGAGCUAGAAUUCCAGCUAUCUCUCUUUAUUCUGGACCAUCACAAAAGAGCCUGCCCCAUGGAUCUCACAGAGGCUUCCUAUAGUUCCCUGAACCCAGCCCAGGCUCCUGUGGUGAGUGCCUCCUUGCCUAUUCCUGCUAUCGUCUUCAUCACUGUGGUUGUCUACUUGCUGCUGCUUGGCCUGGUGCUGCUGGCCAGACGUUAUUUGGUGGAGCAGGAUUGCUGUCUGUCCGACUGCAGAGGGUCCUGCAGGAAGGAAGAUGCCCCUGGUCCCUUUGAGUGUUGCCAGGGCUAUGCUGAAGCCUGUGACUUCCCUCUGCCCAGUCCAGCCCGAUGCCUGGAUGCCUGCUGCCCCCAGCCCAUGGAAGCUGGUUGGGCCCCCCAGUGCCCCAGAUGCUGUCCAUUGUGUGACUGUGCCUGUGCCUGCCAGCUUCCUGAGUGCCAAAGCCUCAAUUGCCUUUGCUUUGAAAUCAAGCUCAGAUGAAGGUCAUUUGCUCAAAAUUCUGGGACAUUGCCUUCUGGAGGACCUGCCUACUCCAGGAACCCAGAAGCAUUCCCUAGAAACUGGACCACCACCCCAGGGGAACUCAAAAUGGAUUGCCACCUGUCCCCAAGGACUGGCUCAUCCUUUUGUCUUCAUUGGACCUAAGCAGAGAAGAAUCUGGCUCUCCUAGGAAAAUGCAGAGAACAAUUACCCUAGAAGCAUUCAGCACCUUGGAGGAAAUCCAGGACAGGCAGAGCAGCAAGACUGAUUUCCACAGAAAAGGAUGGCACCUCAGAAACUGCUGGUGAGUGGGAAUUGGUUACAUAUGCCUCUCUUCUCUGUCUGCCUGUUUUAGCCCUCUGUCAACUGGCUCCACUACCUCUUUUCCUAGCAGAAGCCUUUCCCUUAGUCACUCCCCCUCCUCUAAUUUCUUUCCUCCCAGGUGGCAAGCCCCAUCCUGGCUUGAAUGUCAGGGGCUUCAGGUUUCCCCUAAAUAUAGUUCUCUGCCAGAAUAGCUGGGGUGGGGAAAGGGCAGGGGUCACAAGAGAAGGUCGGGAAAAUUCCAAGAGGAGGGGUGCUAGUACUAUAUAACCCCAACCAAGCUCUGCCUGACCACUCACUGCCUAGGCCCGAUUCUAAUCCUCCAGACUCCUUUCAGGCGAGUAUCAUAUGGAGUAGCCAAGCAGAUAAAAAAAGGGCUGGGGGAUGGGCAGGAGAAAAUAACAAAAGAGGGAGUAAAAA